AUGAAUCCCGAAGAAACGGAAGACAGCCUUUACCCCAUUGCCGUGCUACUGGAUGAACUGAGGGCCGAUGAUGUCAACUAUCGAUUAAACGCCAUCCGAAGACUUUCCACAAUUGCUUUAGCUUUGGGAGUGCAAAGAACACGAGAUGAACUCAUACCAUUCCUUGACGAAUCCAUUGAUGACGAAGAUGAGGUGCUGCUUGCAUUGGCUGAAGAGCUUGGGAAUUUUGUUGAAUAUGUUGGGGGGAAAGAAUACGCGCAUAUCAUACUUAAUCCAUUGGAAAACUUGGCGGCU